AUGCCGUCUUUCUUCCCAGUCUUCUCUGGACUUGGCUCCGGAUCAGUAUUCUCAGAAGAGAAUGUUGGACGUGCAGAGGAGAAUGCUCUAAGCCCCGAAUGCGCUGUGCUGCUUCAAUCCUGCCACAGAACAUUCCGCGAGCAGGUAUCUGAUGCUAUUGCCCGAAAUAUACUCCCCGAGGACUCCAUCGACUUGGACGAUUUUGCCGAGCCUGCGUCACUUAUCCGUCCUUUGUCAAAGUACAGUCGCAAUGUCGUUAUGCAACAUGCAGCCCUAUACCUCCACCAGAUCCUGGCCUACAUGACCAGCCAGAAGGAACUCGGUAACUUGAUAGGCUCAGCCGGCUUUUGUACGGGUCUACUGCCAGCAGCAGUCGCAGCUGCCAGCCAGACAUCAGUCAUCACGCUGAUCUCCCAGUCUCACCAUUUCUUUCAGGUCGCGCUGUGGAUCGGAAUCAGGAGCGAGCAAUACCGAGUUGAUCACCUCACAAAUGAUACUCAAGAUGCGGACGGAGAAUCAAUGCUGCCCUGCAGCUACGUGUUGGAGGGUGUAUCUGAAGCUGCAGCCCAAGAUUUGCUUCACAAGACCAACAUGGGGAAUGAGGUCUUCGUAUCUGCCAUUCUAUCACCUACUCGGGUCACAAUAAGCGGCAUCCCUACCAAAUUGUCCACCUUCAUCUCGAAACACCUGCCCGCAAACUGCCGCACCACAGUGGCAGUCGUCCACAGCCUCUACCACCAUGAGAGUCUCCUGGAGGUACGAAAUCUGGUCAUGGCCGAUUUAGAACGACAAGACACACUGCUUCAAGCCCGGGUUGAGCUUUCAGCACCAAUCCUCUCAACGAAAACCGGAAAACCUCUGGCUUUGUCAUCAGUCACAACUCUCGAGCAAGUAGCCUGCGCCAUUCUGGAUCUCAUCUUUAUCGAAAAGGUAGACUGGCUCAAUCUACAACAAUCGAUUGUCUCGCACACGAGCCAGGACGCUUUGGACCGACCGAUCAACAUCGUGAAUUAUGGCCCUGGUCUCGGCAUGGCGCCGUCAGCUUUUGCACAAGCCCAAGAAAAAGACGUAUGCAUCAUGGACGCAGCAAAAAUCAGCAAAGGCUCUUUUCAAAAUUCUGGUGCAUCUCGGCUGGCCUGGGACGAUAUUGCCAUUGUUGGCAUGGCCGUAGAACUGCCAGGAGCGUCAGACGCAGACACCUUGUGGCAAAAUCUCGUUGAUGGCUACCAAGCAUGCUCAGAGAUACCCCCCUCGCGAUUCAAUGUCAAUGACUACAACAACGGCAAGGGCAGUCGCACCCUCAACACCAAGUACGGCAACUUUUUAGAGAAUCCCUUCCUCUUUGAUGCGGAGCAUUUCGGCAUCUCCCGGCGAGAGGCCAAAUCCAUGGAUCCGCAGCAGCGCAUUCUCCUGCAGACGGCCUACCGUGCGCUCGAGGACGCUGGCUACGUUCCAGACACGACGACCUCUUCUGCCCGAGACACCUUUGGCUGCUGGAUCGGCAAUGCCACGCUCGAUUACGUGGACAACUUGCGCAGCGACAUUGACGUGUACUACAGCACAGGCACUCUGCGGGCGUUUCUCAGUGCGCGCAUCUCGUACGUGUUUGGCUGGAGCGGACCAUCCAUCACAUUGGAUACGGCCUGCUCAUCAUCCAUUGUCGCCCUGCACCAAGCAGCGAGAUCCAUCCUGGCAGGGGACUGCCGAAGUGCGCUCGUCGGAGCUGCCAACACAAUCACCAGCCCCGAUAUGUAUCUUGGUCUGGACCGCGCUCACUUUUUGAGUCCCUCUGGCCAGUGCAAAGCGUUUGAUGCCUCGGCUGACGGAUACUGCCGUGCAGAGGGCUGCGGUGUCUUUGUGAUUAAGAGGCUGUCGGACGCUCUCGCCGAAGGUGACCGUAUUCAUGGUGUAAUCAAGGCCAUUGAGAUUAAUCAGAGCGGAAACACACAUUCCAUCACGCACCCUCACGUGCCCACGCAGGAGGCCCUGUUUGACAAAAUGUUCCGCGAGUCCAGAAUCAACCCGCACGAGAUCUCUGUUGUAGAAAUGCACGGUACUGGAACUCAAGCUGGUGACCCGAAUGAAGUAGAGAGUGUUAGACGCGCACUGUGCAAAGCGAGAUCACCACUCAAUCCAGUCUAUCUCACUUCUCUGAAAGCAAACAUUGGCCACGCCGAAGCUGUUUCUGGCAUUGCAGGCCUCGCCAAGCUCAUCUUGAUGACGAGAAACGGCUACAUCCCACCGCAAGUGUCCCUCAAGACGCUGAAUCCGCGCAUCCGCCCGCUGGGUGUUGACGGCGCUGCCAUUGACGCGAAUGGUACCGAGUGGCCACGUGCAGGGCCGAAAAAGGCGCGCAUGAGUAUGCUCAACAACUUUGGCGCUGGAGGCUCCAACGCCGCCGUCAUCAUUGGCGAGCACCUCUCCCAGGACGAAAGCGAGGCCCAACAACCUGCUUGCGGCGCGACGAUAUUUGUCUGCGGUGUCUCUGCCAAGAAUGACCGCGCUCUCGUGAAACUGCAGGAAACUGUGGCAGAUUAUCUCACCAGUGCAGGGCAGAGUCGCAAACCUCCCUCGCUCGCUGACGUCUGCGCAACUUUGACGUCACGCAGACAAAUGUAUAACCAUCGAGUAGCAGUGGUGGCCAGCUCCCUGGAGGAACUUGCUGAGAAUCUGCGCUCAGCGAGCUCACAUAACGUGUCCAAGUCGAUUUGUGAAGCUCCAGAGGCUGUAUUCAUCUUUUCAGGCCAAGGCUCGCAGUAUCUCGGCAUGGGACGGGAGCUCAUUGAGCAGUACGAGGACUUUGCUCACACAGUCAAUGUGUGUGAUGGUUGGCUCGUCAAGAACAACUACCCCAGCUGUCUCGCCGUCAUUACCGGUGAGCAAAGGGAGAGUGAAGAUGACAAAGUCGACGCACACACAUGGCAGAGCUUCCAAUCUGCUAUUUAUGUUAUCGAGGUUGCUCUAGCCAAGCUUCUGGAAUCAUGGGGCAUCCGCCCUCAAGCAGUCGCAGGACACAGCUUGGGAGAGUAUGCGGCGCUCGUGACUGCAGGCGUCAUCCGUCUCAUGGAUGGCUUGAAGCUGGUCGCGCACCGCGCCAAGCUGAUGAUGGAGCAGUGCGACCUUGGCCAAACCUCGAUGCUUGCCGUAAACUGCAGCGCCGCAGUAAUCACGAGCAUUAUUGAGGCCUCCACAGACUUUGAGGGGCUGGCCAUUUCCUGCAACAACAGCGAGACAGACUGCGUUGUUGGCGGACCAGUUCCGCAGCUGGUGCUGCUGAAGAAGCAUCUGACGGAUCGAGCGCAGGUAAGAAGCAAGCUGCUCGAUGUGCCAAUGGCUUUCCACACUGCUGCCAUGGACCCCAUCCUCGAAGAGUUUACUGCUUUUGCCGCGCGCGAGGUUCGAGUUUUCCCGCCUACGCUGCCCGUGGUAUCCAAUGUACUAGGCCGCACAGUCGCGGUGGGCGAGCAGGCCUUUUCGCCCGAGUACUUUGCGAAGCAGUGCCGCGGCACUGUGGCUUUCGAUGACGGCAUCAAGCACUUUUUGGCCCUCGGAGACUGCGAAAGUACUCCUUAUCGCUGGAUCGAGAUUGGCCCGCAUCCAUCCGUUCAGCCAAUGCUUCGUGGACGCUUGGGCAAGGCGGCGACGAGCCACAUCCAGCUCACGACUCUCAAGAAGAAUGUGCCGCCGGCAAGCACCUUGUCGCAGCUGCUCAGCCACUUUUAUCAGACUUCGUCGGGAGUCAACUGGAGAAGCGUCUUUUCCCGCAACGCGCAUCGUCGCUUCAAGCUCAUUCAACUACCUGGCAUGCCCUUCUUCCCAAGCGAGUUUCAUGUGCCAUACCGCGAGAUGGCGGGAGAGCCGGCGUCUACGUCUCAAUCUUCUGGAGAUGCGGCCUCCAACGUGGUUCCCAACAGUUUCGCUGUCCACGCCAUUCAAAAAUUGUCGCACGGGGCAUCCAACAGCUGCGCCAUCUAUGAAACGCCCGCCGUGCUUUUAAAGGAGUUUAUCGAAGGACACCUUGUCUGCGGAUACGCCCUCUGUCCAGCCUCGGUGUAUCACGAAAUGGUUCUCGCAGCGCUCAACGACUGCCAAUCUGCUGCUGGAAGCUCCGUGGUUUGGGGUCUCAGCAAAGUGAGCUACUGCGCGCCCAUGGUUUAUGACGGCAACUCGAACCAAGUACUGAGGGUCGUCAUCACGCCGCGCCUCACGCUCCCCGAUCGCUACGACUUUGCCGUCAUGUCGUACGUUGCCGGAACGGACCCCAACGAGCGGAGCACGGUGCACUGCCGCGGUGUCGUCAAGCAGAGCAACAUGGCGUCUGCGGAGCUCAAGUACUCCAGGCUACAGGCGUCAAUGAAGGGCAGUAUGGAUGGUCUCAAGCACGUCGGGCAGCUGGGAGCACCCGCGGCGUCUUGCGUGCAGGUCUUUUCCAAGCGCGCCAUGUACGAAAAGAUUUUUACUCGUGUUGUGGAAUACUCGGAUCCGUACCAAAAGGUUGAGACGAUACGCAUCAGAGAAGACACGGGAGAGGCGCUGGCGACAUGUGUGUCUCCUGCCCCGUACCUGGCAAGGGACAGCAGCAUCCCGGCCAGUCAUGCAAUUUUCAUGGAUGUGCUGCUACAUGUUGCCGGCUUUGUGUCCAAUUUAAAUCUCCCCAACGAUGUCAUGGGGAUUUGCAAAGAGGUUGGCGGCGCCACUACCCUACGUGCUCCUGUUGUCCGAGAUGGGGCAUGUGCACCUUUCGACGUCUACUGCUCAACCUUUGACACCCAGGACAGCGAUGGCCGCUCCUUCACCAUCUCCAAUGCAUACGCAGUGGACUCGAGCGGCGUCAUGGCCGUCUUCAAAGGCAUGGUCUUUCAGCACGUCAAGAUACCGCUCAUCGAGCAAGCCCUCAAGAGAGCCACCCGCUCUAGCCCGAACGCAGCGGUGUCUGCCUCGCAUCCCGCCCAGCCUAAACGAAGAAAUGAUGUCACUUCCUUCGUGAAUGCGCAGUCAGUGGAGAGGAUGGCGCUUCCACGAGCAGCUGCUCCUGUGCGAGCCGCCCCGGAAGUGUCGGUGCCGGAGUUGGUGGCAAAGGUUUGCGGCCUUGAUGCAGGCCAACUUGGGGUAGACUCCCGUCUCGACGCACACGGUGUCGACUCUCUCAUGGGUAUCGAGAUAGCGGCCGCGCUCUCAUCCGCCCUUGGGGUGGAUGUGCUUCCCGACACCCUGGGUAGCUGUGACACCGUGGGCGAUAUUGAGCGCCUUUGCGAAGCGCUGAGCCCAACUCCCGUUGGCAACGAUGUCGACAAUGACUCUCCUACGCCUGGCUCUGAAAGAGGUUCAGACUCGGCCAUAUCGACUCCUGCCUCGGUCAGCACAGUCGACGCCUCCUCCAUCGACAUGGUCCAGAUCGUGGCCGAGCUCUGCGGUGCUCGGGCUGAGGCUGUCUCGCCCGACUCGGAACUGCGCGCGCUCGGAGUCGACUCUCUCAUGUUUCUGGAGCUCGCCGAUCGGCUGCAGGAUCUCGACCGAGGCAUUGCUCUGUCGUCAAAUGACUUGGCAGAUUGCCAAACAAUCGGCGACAUUGAAAGGCUGAUAGUAAAGCGGCCUGGAACGCCGGCUUACCAGAGCGGUAUCAGCACGAAAAUCUACCCCGAAGCUGUACAUGCCAGUUCUGAGGCCGUCCGGCUUUCAGCUCAACAGCCUGCAACCCAAAUCAGCUUACUUGCCUCUGAGGAGGCUGUCCUUCCCCAAAUCGAAAGACUUCUUCAUCUGUCUCAGCAACCUGAAGAAAUUCAAGUUGGUUCACUUGAUCGAAAAUUCUCUGGCAAAUCUCCUUUGUUUCUUAUUCACGACGGUAGCGGCAUCUGUACUCACUACCGGGGCCUCCGGCCGCUGGGCCGACGGGUUUUGGCCCUCCACGACCCCAAAUUCCUGAUCCAGUCCAGCAAACAACGUUCGUGGGCCAGUCUGACCACGAUGGCCAACGAGUACGCAAGCUCAAUCUCGUCGACAAUGGGCAUGACAGGCGGCGAGGAUUGCAUUCUGGGCGGCUGGUCCUUUGGCGGCGUUGUAGCCUUUGAGGCAGCGCGCAUCCUCAUGUCUCGAGGCCACCGGGUCAAGGGCGUCGUCCUCAUUGACUCACCUCCCCCCAUCGGCCACAUUCCGCUGUCCGAGUCCAUCAUCAGCGCCGUUACCGCACAGCCCGCCGAAAAGGACGCGGCGGCCGGUUCUACUACUGCCAGCAAAUGUGUGUCCCCCGUCGCAAGCGCCAUCCGCAAGCUCGUGCAGCAAAGCUUUCGAAUCUGCGCCGGCCUCAUCGGCGACUUUGGCACGAGCGCCGAGUUGCAACAGCGAGGGCUAUCCAACAAGCCGGUCGGGCCUGUGCCUCGUGUGAUUUUGCUUCGAUCCGCGGUUGGCUGGACGCCGCCUCGGGGCUACACUGGUGCUGCGGUGGAAGAAAUGGAGAAUCCGUGGCUGCAGGAUAGGCGGGAUCGCUCACUGGCGACGGCUGGGUGGGAAAUUUUGACGGGAGGACCGAUUCAGUGUUUGGAUAUUCCCGGCAAUCAUUUUCAAGUAUUUGAUGCGCCAAAUAUCGCGGCCGUGUCUGCGGCUCUGGUUGAUGCCUGCUCGGAGUUUGAGUUGAAGUAG